GCGCACUGAUAGGGCCCUCGCUGCUGGCACCUAGUCAAGCUGAGGUGUCAUUGGGAUCUCAAAUUGCAGCGAGGGGCUGGCAGGCAGCCAGAGGCAGUCUAUUUAAAAGACAGCCUGUUCUGCAGUAUUCAGUCUCUUUAGAAACUUCUCCAGGGGAAAAGUGUUGGGAGAUCUACAAAGUGGAUUUUUUUUCCUCUUUUUUUUUUUCUUUCCCCCUGAUUUUUUACCGCUCCUCUGCCGACUUUGCAACAAAAAACUCUAACUUUGCAGAAAACUUUUUUUUUCUUUUUUUUUUUACUCUUUUGGUCCUUUUUUUUUUUCCUUUGCAAAUCUUGGAAGAGGGAAGCGGGAGAGUUGAACAGAGCCGAUCGAAACACAACUUUGCUUCAUACCAAGCUUCCCAGCAGCUCGCUGCGUCGGGAGAGACUUUUCCUCCUGCAGAAGAAGAGGGAGGGGAGCUCUGCAUCCCCUUUUCCCACUCCUGAGUUCUGUUUUUUAUUUUUUUUUUCCUUCUCCUCUUGACUGCUUUGAUGCAUUAUUAGCAGGACACUGGUUUUCAAGGAACUUUGCUCCCUUCCCAACCUGCCUCCUCCCAGCCCUUUGGGAAGAGUGUGUGCGUGAGUGAGUGUGUGAAAUCGCCGUCCCACCUCCCCAAACACCCCUGCUCCCCCACGCCUCCCCCUGCAACCUGUAGGCUGUGCAACCCCUGCAGGCUUCGCUCCCUUUCCCCCCUCCUACCCUCCCUCUUUUUUUGCGCUCCCGCGGAUCGCGGUGCGAAUUCCCCCUUUCGAGGCGAGAAAAAGCUGAAAGGAGAAACGGGGAGGGGAAGAAAAAAAAGACAAAAAAAGGAAAUCUAGACGUCCCCCCUCCCCUAACGCCAAAAGAAAAGCAGAAAGGUCUUGCACCCCGAUAAUAACCCCCAGAGUGGGGCGCCUGCAAGCAGGGGCUGCGCUUUCCUUUUUGAAUUUUAUUUUUUAAAAUUAUUUAAUUUUUUUAUUUUAUUUUUUUUCUUCUUCUUUGUUUUGUUUUUUUUUUUUUUCCCUUGGCCCCCGAAGGGGCAAGCGGAAAGCCAGCGCCGCCCGCUCCCGGCAGCCCCCCGCGCCCCGUCCCGCAGCAUCCCCGCCGCGAUGCUGCUGCGGCUCCUGGUGCUGCUGGGCGCCUGCCCGGGGCUGUCGCGGUGCCUGGGCUCCUUCGUGCAGUGCGAGCCCUGCGAUGCCAAGGCGCUGUCGCUCUGCCCGCCGCCGCCGCUGGGCUGCGAGCUGGUGAAGGAGCCGGGCUGCGGCUGCUGCCUCACCUGCGCCCUGCCCGCCGGGCAGCCCUGCGGCGUCUACACCGAGCGCUGCGCCCGCGGGCUGCGCUGCCUCCCGCGCCAGGGCGAGGAGAAGCCGCUGCACGCCCUGCUCCACGGCACCGCCGUCUGCCUCAGCGAGAAGAGCUACCGAGAGCAAGCCAAGGCCGAACGGGAGUCCCGGGAGCAUGAGGAACCCACCACAUCAGAGAUGACAGAGGAGACCUACCCACCCAAGGCGUACCGGCCCAAGCAUGGGCGCCUCUCUGAGCUCAAGGCUGAAGCCCUGAAGAAGGACCGCCGGAAGAAGCUGACCCUGGCCAAGUUUGUGGGCAUGGCUGAGAACACGGCUCACCCUCGUGUCGUCAUCCCCGAGCUCCGGCAGGAGUUUGAGCUGGGCCCGUGCCGCAGGCAUAUGGAGGCAUCCCUGCAGGAGCUGAAGAGUAGCCAGCGGAUGGUCCCCCGUGCUGUCCACCUCCCCAAUUGCGACCGCAAGGGCUUCUACAAGAGGAAGCAGUGCAAGCCCUCCCGGGGCCGGAAGCGUGGGUUGUGUUGGUGUGUGGACAAGUAUGGCAUGAAGCUGCCGGGGACCGACUUCCUGAGCGGAGAUCUGCAGUGCCACGCGUUCGACAGCAGCAAUGUGGAGUGAAGCCGCAUCCCCUCCCUCCGCCCCAUCACUAUCUACCCAGACUCCCUUCCACCCUCCCCUCUGCACCUCCCCAUGCCCCGGGACUCCGAUUCCUUUCAUCUCAUGUAAGACGAAAAAAAGAAAGGAAAAGAAAAAAGAGAAAGGAAGGAAAAUGAAAAAAAAACAGAAAGGAAAAGAAAGAAAGAAAGGAGAGAAGUAAGGAAAGGAAAAGUAAAAAGAGAGAAAAGGAAAAGUAAAAAGAGAGAAAAGGAAGAAAAAAGAAAAAAGAAAAUUAAAAAAGAGAAGAAAAGAUAAAAGAAAGACGAGAAAAGGAAGAACAGAGAAGAGAGAAAAAUAAACCCUGAAGAAACUGAGGACUCGGAAUCUACAACAGCCUUUUGACAACAAGGACUCAGCAAGGAAAGGAUAGAGCCAGAGACAAAACAGCCAUGGCUGCUCUGCUGUCCUGCACCUCUCCCCAACGCUGCCUGCACCCCUCUGCCACAAGCAGAGGUCACCCCGAUGUAGGAAGCUCUCCAAGUUGGUGAUUUUCCAGUACGGGUUUUGGGCAGGUUAAUUUUUAUUUUUGUAUUUUUUUUUUCAUGUUAGCUAGUUGAUUUCUGAAGGGUCUUGAGAGAAAAAACCUCGUGGCCACCAGCAUUCCCCUUGCAGUCCUCCAGAGCAUCCUCCGCAUGUUGCUGGGACUCACUUGAGUUGAUUUCCAUCUCAAAUGACUGCCCCCUCUCCAGGCAGAUUUCAGCAAGGGAGGAGACCAGGACUGUUUUCUUUGUGUCUGGAGAUAAGCUGGGGAGGGAAACACAGAUCCUGCAACAGCACAAAUACUCUCAGAAAGUAUCUGUGGACUUAAAAAAAAUCAUCACAAAAGGAAAUACAGCCUUUCCUGUCCAGUUCAUCUUGAUUGGAAGGUCAGAAAUUAUCUGGGACAAGCAGGACUCUGACCU